AUGAGCAACUACAACUCGUUGUCAACCCAAAGGAGCGCAGACUUUGCACUUUGGAUCCAGAAUGAAGGAUUGAUCGACCUCGGUUUCUCUGGCUCCAAGUUGACUUGGGUCAAGGAAGGCUCGGUGAAUCCUUUAAAAGGAACACGGCUUGACCGGGCCCUGUGCAACGUUGAUUGGAAACUACGGUUUCCAGACGUGACUGUUACUCACUUACCGCGCAUCUCCUCAGAUCAUGCUCCAAUCCUCCUCCAGAAUAAGGGGGGGCGCAAAAGAUCUAAUAUCUCUCCUUUUAUUUUUCAGGCAGCUUGGCUCACUCACCCGGAUUUCAGGACGGUGGUCAGGCAUCUUUGGAGAGAGGACCAAAGUCUCGAGACUAACACAAACAAUUUGGCCGAAGGACUAAAAUCGUGGAACAAGACGGUCUUUGGCAAUAUUCACACCCAAAAGCGGAUUCUCAUGUUUAGGCUAGCUGGGGUGCAAAGGUGCAUGGCCAAUGGCUUCCAUGGAGGACUGGGGAAGCUUGAAAAGAAGCUAUAA